AUGUGCUUUGAAGUAUCAGGACAAAAAAGUGAAGGUCUUUCAUGUUAUUCGGAAACAUGUGGACGGUUGGCAUGGUAUAUUCUGUCAGCACCCCUUAUCGUGAAUGAAUGCACUGAUGUGGAAGUCAUCAAAUCCACCGAUCAGAAGAUCUGGGUGGACAUGAUGCACUGGACCAAUUGCAUGGCUGCCCUUACCAAGGAUUAUAUUUGCGAAAUGCAGAAGCUUCCUAAACCAAAUUGGUGGUGCCAUAAUGGGAUGCUGAAGAGAACCACAAAGGUCGCACUAUAUUUUCUCAAGAAAUUCCAAGCGGACGACAAAGAGACAAUUAAUCGGAUGUCUUUCAUAAGAGCGUGUGCUCUGUCUGGUUUCAUUUCCAAAGGCAAAUGUUGUGGUGAAAUUUCUUUGGUCGAGUUGGUCCAAAGAGUGUCUGUGGAGUGCACAACUGAAGAGAUGAAGGAAGCCUCCUCGCUCUUCAAAGUGGUGCAAUCCGAAAAAGGUGAAGACCAUGCAAAGGAAGCCGGAUUCUUUGCUGAACUGAUUACACGUGUUGAAGAGCAGGUACGGAACUCUGGAGACUCUGUGAUCCCGGCAAGAGGUAUCAGUGAAGCUGGUCUUUGGGUUGUUAUCCACGGCCUUGUGAGUCCCCCAGGCUUGGCCAUGAACAACAAAAUCGGUCUGGUCUGCAUGGAUGGGUUGGAAGAUGGCAGAGUUGCUGUGAAAGUUGACGGAAUCCUCUCACCAAAGCGGAUCAAACCCAGAAAUCUAUGA